UACACCAUUUUUUGUAAUCGCAUUGUUCAUGUGUUUGUAACUCCAGAAAAUUUGGCUUUCAAUUUUCACGUUUUUCGAGUUCUUACACGUGGUUUCUAUAUUGAAAACAGCUUCUAGAAUGAUACCACUACAAAAAAGAAGAAGACCAUCAUCAGAAACAGAGCCUGAUCCAGAUAAAUAUCAACCCCACUUGAAGAAAGCGAAACAACAAACGACAGCAUUCCGAUUAGGCAACUGGCAGGAGUAUGAAGGAUCUUGCCCUGUUUAUAAGCAGCCCAAAGAAUUGAUCUCUUACAGCAUCGAUCACGAUCGCAAAGUUUGGUUUGACAAUCGUGAAAUGAAAUAUUAUUAUCCACCGGGUCUGAAGAACGAGAAACUGGACUUGAAUGUUGGUUAUGAAAGAUUUCUUCAAAGAGAUGAAAGUAUUCUAGAGCAUAUAGAUACCCUAUUAGAUGCAUUGACUGAAUACAAAACGAGACAGUCUAAUAAUACGAUAGCGGAGAGCGAAGUGCAUGCCGAUAUUAUCACUUGGCGGGGUAUUAUGACAAAGAUAUUAUGCACUCCUUAUUCAAGAAAAGACGCUUGGGAAUUUCGGGCCACUCGAUACAAUGACAAAAUCUUUAUAGAGGAACAGUCUUUGAAAGACAAGGAUGUUGACUCAGAAAGCGAACGACAAAAAUUGAUGAGUUACUGGGGCUAUCGAUUCGAAACAAUUUGCACAGUGAGCAAGGCACCACACGAGAUAAAUAGUCAUCCAGAAAAUAGAAAAGAAUUAGUGGACCGGCUGAACCAAAGCGCGAAUACAAAUGUCCAAUACUGUGUCGUGGUGAAAACGAAACUAGGCGACAGCACUAUUAUUAUGGGGGCCGAGGUUGAUUGUUGUAGAGACACUAAACCCAAUGAUCCUGUUCGGCAACCAAGUAACUAUAUUGAGUUGAAAACAUCUCGUGUGAUUGAGACAGAGAGACAGCAGCUCUCCUUUGAUCGUUACAAGUUAUUGAAAUUCUGGGCACAGUCAUUUUUGGUCGGUGUACCGAGAGUCAUAUGCGGUUUUAGAGAUGAUGAGGGUAUCGUCAAGUCUAUUACGGAAUUCAAGACAAUGGAAAUACCUCGUCAAGUCAGAAGGCAUGAAAAUCAGACUACCUGGAACCCAUCUGUUUGCUUGAACUUUGCAAAUCAAUUAUUGCAAUGGAUAAGGACAAACAUCACAGUCAACAGUGCCACCACAACUUAUGCCAUAGACUUCAAAUAUCCUUUCCGCGAAAUCAGACUCUAUUGCACUGAUGACUCGAAUGUCUUUUUGACGCAACGGUUUAUACGUGGGAGAGUGCAGCAUGAAAUAGGCGGGGAACGUGCACACUAGUGAGAAGGUGUAUAGUUGACGAAACAUGUUUCUCCUGUAUGUUUAUUUAUAACUCUCCACAACAAUGUUACAAACAACAGAAGAAGGCAAUACUCUCGGAUAAUACUAUUGAUGAUGACGAAUGCAUAAAAAUGUAUAUAUAGAUCUGAAUCUGUUACUAAAAUAAACAGAGAGGAUCGAAAAGGGCAAAGUGUAUUAGCAAUACUAUCAGCUGCUGCGAGCCAAAAAAUAAAAAAAGAAUAGAAAAAAAAUAAAUAAAAAAUUGGGCAGUAUUUCUGCUUUGUCAGGUCUCA